AUGACCGACCAUGGAGUUCUUGUUCAUCCGGCACUCUUUGAGCAAUAUUUCGUUUAUCUAAUGAUCCUCGAGCUUUGCACAUUCAGCUCAUUAAUGCUUUCGUACGCAUUGUUCCAACGAUUGUUGACUUCAAAAAGGAUUUUCCACCCAAAUCUGACAACGAUUCUACUCUUUCAACCGAUAUUUCUGAUCAUCGCGACUUUUAUUCGCCAAUUCCGUCAUAUCCUUCAAGUCAUCAAUCUAAUCAAUGGAUUUUCUUUCCAAAUUUGCUCUUUCUUCUCAGAAGCACUUGCCGCUGUGUGUCUAAACAUGACCUCAAGCUACGCCAUCGAACGCUACAUUGCGAUGCGGAAUCUUGAGAAUUACGAGAACAAAUACCCAAAUAAUCACAUCGGAUUGAAGAUCAUUUUGGGAACGCUAACCCUUUUGGUAUUUGAUCUCAUUGUUUUCUAUACGAGUCUCUUGCCGGGUUGGUUAGCUUAUGGGAUCAGCUACGUUGUGCAAAUUGUCGGCAUCUUUUUUUUUUAUCACGUUUAUAGAAUUUGCAAGCAGAAAUAUCUAGAGGUUUGGCAGAAGAGAUAUUCGACAAUCGAUGCGAGAUACAACACUCAAGGCAAUUUCAAAGCGUCUCGUUUACUUUUACGAUUAGCUCCAUACAAAUCGAUUACAUCUAUACUAUUGUUAGCUGAAUAUCAAUUUCUUGUUGAUCGAACUCUCUAUGCUCAAACGUUCUACACAUAUGUGUUUUUCUACUUAAUGCAUGCACAAAUAAUUAUCCAAAUGUGGUUGAUCAUUUUCUUGGAGCCAAUGAUGAAAUUAAAAUUGAAAGCUAUGUUGAGGCCGAGGGUGAAACCAGUCGUACCUGCACUUCGAAACGUCUUCGGAGAGCAGCUCAUUUACAAUAAUUUCGAGGAAAGCGACAUAUAUUUUAAACAUUUCAAUGCAAUGUUGAAA